UCUUCAACAACUGCAGCCACCUUGGUAGCUCGCUAGCCAACAAAUUCGGAACAUUCAAGUUCUUUAGAGAAUUUCGUGGUUUAUUUGCCACUAUGAUUUAAACAUACUUAUGUGGAAACAACUAGCUACCCCAUUUAAUUUAAUAUUUACGUUGUAAGUAGCUAGCUGGUUGGCUGGUUAAAUUAGCACUAGUCUAGUUGCUAAUGCUAACUAGCUAACAUCCCCGACCAUGAGCUUACUAAGCUACUCUCCUCCUGCUAAAGAAGAUGAGGCCUGCUGGACAGAGAAAGAAACUCUCGUGGAAGAGGAGGAUGUUACAAAACAAAAACAAGUAGAGGAUGAGACUGUUACAGUGAAAGAAGAAGAAGAAGAGAAAGACGUUUCAGUGAAAGAGGAGGAAGAUGCGUUCAGAGUGAAAGAGGAGGAAGAGGAUGUUACAGUAAAAGAAGAGGAGGCCGAGAAAGAGGAGGAUGCAGUUUAUGGAGUGAAAGAGGAGGAUGGGGAGAUGACCUUCACAUCCAUAAAGGAGGAGGAGGAAACUAGAUAUCUGGGCCCGGUUUCCCAAAGGCAUCUUAAGGCCAGUGGUUCUAACGAUGAAUUUAACCAUAAGGUGGUUUUUGGAAACCGGGGCCUGGUUAAUACUAGAGAGAGACUUGAUUAUCUCGGGUCCUCUGGGGAGACUACAGAAGAGAGACGUGACUAUUGUGGGUCCUCUGGGGAGUCUCAACAACAUCAUGAAGCUGACAAGGCAGAUCAGAGUCUCUCCAAAUCAGAACACCUCAUGAAACACCAAAAGAGACCCACCGGGAAGAAAUGUCAUUGCUGCUCUGACUGUGGGAAGAGAUUCAACUCUUCAGGAGACCUUAAAAUACAUCAAAGAAUUCACACUGGAGAGAAAUCUUUUGGCUGUGAUCAAUGUGGGAAGAGAUUUACUGAUUCGAGCAGCCUGAAAUCACACCAGAAAACACACACAGGAGAUAAAUCCUAUAGCUGUUAUCAAUGUGGGAAAAGUUGUACUACAUCUAGCCAUCUAAUUGUACACCAGAGAACACACACAGGAGAGAAACCUUUUAGCUGUGAUCAAUGUGGGAAGAAAUUUACUGUGUCAAACUCCUUGAUGGUGCACCAGAGAAUACACACAGGAAAGAAACCUUAUAGCUGUAGUCAAUGUGGGAAGAGUUUUACUCAACCAGAAAGCCUGAUUGUGCACCAGAGAAUACACACAGGAGAGAAACCUUAUAUCUGUUAUCAAUGUGGGAAAAGUUGUAGGACAUCCAGCCAUCUAAUUGUACACCAGAGAACACACACAGGAGAGAAACCUUUUAGCUGUCAUCAAUGUGGGAAGAGUUUUGGUACAUCUAGCCAUCUAAUUGUACACCACCGAACACACACAGGAGAGAAACCUUUUAGCUGUAGUCAAUGUGGGAAGAGUUUUAGUCAAUCUAGUGAUCUGACAGUGCACCAGAGAACACACACAGGAGAGAAACCUUAUAGCUGUGGUCAAUGUGGGAAGAGUUUUGUUCAAUCUGGCCAUCUGACAGUGCACCAGAGAACACACACAGGAGAGAAACCUUAUAGCUGUGGUCAAUGUGGGAAGAGUUUUAGUACAUCUGGGUAUCUGACUAUACACCAGAGAACACACACAGGGGGGGAAUUUUGUAGCUGUCAUAAAUGUGACAAGAAAUUCUCCGAUAAAAGACUUCUGAUCAAACAUCAGAAAAUACAUACAUGAAGCAAUUGUUUCAUGAAAUCAAUGAAAUAUCCCACCUAGCAAAAUGCAAUUGAAAAGACAUUGAAAAGAAGACUAUGGCCGAAGUCCAAAAUACGUUCGGUUUUAGUUGAAAGUUAAAAAUAUGUAUUUUCGGUGUUUUUUUUGAAUGACUUGAAAACGACUUAAUUUCAACGUACUUGCAGCCUAUACACAUGGACGCAGUAUGAUAAAUUAGUCUGUAAUCAAUUUUAUUAACAAUCUGACAUCACUCCAGUAUUUCUUUACAACAUUCAAAUGCUAAUUGUCUUUAUUCCACUACUGAAGAAACAAGACUCAAAUCACCUCAUCUUUCAAACAUUCAGCCUGACAAAAUAUACAUAUUUUAUUAUUCCGUGCCUCACCAUUAAGUGAAUUAUUGCCAAUACAUAUUAUCAAAGGGGUAGUACAUUUGGUUUUGAUAUAUUUACAUUUCUUGUAACAGUUAGUAAUCAUAAUUAUUUAUGCAACCAACUGACUAUUUUGGGUACAAUUAUAUUGACAUUGUUGCACUGCUUUUAGAAUAUCAGGGAUAAUUCUCAGAUGUGCCAACCCAAAUGUACUAGAGCAUGACAUUAGGGACUGGGCCCCCGAUCCUAUAACAUUACUAUUGAGUGAGCAAUGAAAAGAGAAAGAAGAUCCGCAGUGAGGGGAAAGUUACUACGGAUAUUAAGGAGCUAGUUCUAGAAGCUAGUGAGUUUUAGGAUUCUAUAGAAAGAAAAAGGAGAAAAUAUAUUAUUUUAUUAUGUUAUUUAGAAGUGUUUUUUCUUGUUUUUAAUUGUUUAUAUUGGUGAAGCAUUGUAGUUGAUUAUAAUGUGAAAUGGAAGUUGUUUUUUGUAUGUGGUGAGCAAACUUGUCCAACAAAAAUAUAGGAUUUAUUUGUUGUCUUAGGGGGAAGGUGUUCCAGGCUUUGGUUUUUCCAUUUACGUUUUGAGGUUGGACUUUAGCACGUGGGACGCACUGAUUGGUGUCACCUCUUUAGUCAGUAUGUGUUACACCUGUGCUGGCUUGUCCAUCUCGUUAGUGGGAAGAUGGGAAGGAGUGGGGGGACAGCCUGCCAGGCUUCCUCGAGGUCGAAAUGAGGGAUUUGGUGGAGGAUUUAGCGGGGAUGGGACGUUGUGUCUCCCCGCUACCUCCUUCACCAAAGAAGAAAGGGAUGAAGAGGGGGAGCUUGGCAGGAAGUGAG